GGGAGAAACGUGUUCAGAUUUUACCAUAUUGUCGCAGCACCGUAGAACUACCACUCACCAGACACGCCUCUUUUUCCCCGUGCCCUCAUACCGUUUAAAUAUCCUAGACAUCACCAACAAGCUCUCUAAUAAACAAUUGGACAAAGACAUACCAUAGUACACCAGUAGUUAGCCAAUAUGAUAAUCCCUCUCCACCGACAACAUUGGGCCUACGUUUGGAUUCCAGUAUUUGGUGCUUUCAUUUGGUUUGGCACUCUGUUGGCAAUGCUCAUCACCUAUCUCGCCCAGGGCCGCCCGCAGUAUGUCACUCAGCAGGGAAAAGUUGCCUACAUAUCCGACGUUGGCGCCUCCUUCCUGAAACCACUCUUCGUAGUCUGCUGCUGCAUCACAGGCACCUCUUUCUUUCUCUCCCUUUGCGUCGAGAGAUGGCUCAGACAUUCUGGAAGACUUAUUCCAGAUAUGCGUCGACGUGAAAGAACGCUGGGUAUUCUUGCCAUCAUAGGGUCCUUCAUCGGCAUGUGGGGUCUCAUCCUGCUUUCGGGCUUUGAUACAAAGCGCUAUCCAAGCCUACAUAGAGCAUUUUUGUUGGUUUUCAUGAUUGGUGUCGCCCUUAGCGCCAUUUUUACAAUCACGGAGUAUCGAUGGAUCAGCAAAGACUUCAUAGAGAUCCGCAAAUUGAAACACGCGUACAUCGCCAAAGCCUUAAUCGCGGGCAUCCUUAUUUUGCUUGCUAUUGCUUUUGGAAUAACUCUUUAUUAUGUCCCAGAUGUAGGAGCCAUUCUUGAAUGGACCAUUUCAUUUGGCUUCACGCUAUACCUCCUCACAUACUACUACGACUUACGGAUGGCAAAAGGCAUAGAAAAGGGACAAUAUAACAAGAAUAUGCUAGCGAUGGGGCCUACCACAAAUGGGCCGGGUACAGCACAAGGAGAGGUACCGGUAUACGGGAAUGGCGGAGGCACGUUUAGCCCUACGGAAGGCUACAGGAAUGGCUUCGGGAAUGGAGAUGGAAGCCUCAAUGGAAAUCACCCCUUAAGAAAUGAUGCCGUAAAUGCUGGGAUUAGCAAUGGCACAGGGUAUGGAGCGAACAUGCAGGGCCCUGGCAUGCGUCAACUAUAAGAUUUGCUGAAGGAAGGACUAGACUCUGCGACAGGACUUACUGACUUGUUUAAUACUUACGUAGCAUGAUCAUACUGAAUAUUGAGACUUUUCAUUGGAUCCAAA